AUGAUGUAUAAUUUUCGUGAUUGGCCCUGGGGAAGACUCAUUUCUCGCGCGGGAGGAGGCGAAAUUUUAUUGUACGGCAUCACACACCAAUUUGGAAGCCGCUUCGAAAGCAUCGGGCCUGCGACAAACAUUCCAGACGGUGAUCAACUUCAUUGCCAUAUUGAACGUUUUGAAACAGAUGGAGGCAUAACCUACAUCUUUCGGGACACUAGUAGAUAUGGAACAUACAUUAACAACAAAUUAUACAAGUCUAAACCAAAGAUUCUUGAAGAAGGGGACGUGAUUCGAUUUGAGACGGAAAAAGCUUUCUAUGUAUAUACGUUUAAAGAGUAUAAACGGCCCGCUCCAAGACACCCGAAUCAGCCCGUAGACUGGAAUACUGUAGACAUGAGCAAAAUCACACCUCUGGAGCUUGCAUUUCUAAUGAUUCCGGAUAACUGGGGACAACAAACGUCACCAUCACUCAACAAUCAAACUUCAUCAUCAAUGGAGCCAUACAAAUGGGUUUCAUUGAACCGAUAA